CUCGCGGCUUGGUGCCUUUGCUGGAAUAAUUUUGGAAACGUUAGGGAUGGGGUGGGUGAGCGUCGACGUAGGUGUGUGUGUAGAUCAUGAGAUUGCGGUUGCGAUAGAGUUACAGCCAUGAUGUCUGAUUAUGCAUCGUUGAAUGCAAAGAUACUUAAGGUUCGCUGCAUCCUACUUCUUUGGAAUAUAUCAAAUCACUAUCCACUGAAAAAAAAAAAACAAUAUCCCUCUAAAGCAUCAAAUCCGAGGAUACAUCAACUAUACAACAUCCAACCAAAGAGGAUAAGCACACCAAUAUCCAUACAAUCACAAAACCACCACAACCACAUCUCAAAAUGAACCCCCUCCCACCACCAGGCAUCGUCCUCUGCCAGGGCUUCACAGCCAAACGGCCCGAGCAAUUCGUUAUGAAAGAGAAGCAAGGCUGGUCCAAGAACAGCUACAUCGCCGCAUUCCGCCUCCCCAACGGCGAGCCAGGCGAGACAUUCCUCGAGAUCGAGCAGCAAAACAGGAAGAACUGGGACUUCAAGCAGAAUGGAAGGGUGGUGUUGAAGCUGCAAAAGACGACCGGCUGCUGGACGUCGAAGCCAGAGUACGUUGCUAUCGCGCCUGGCGGCCGUCAGAUCUUUCACACUAAGCUGAAGGACGGAUUUACGAAGACUAAGUUCGAAAUGCAAACUCCAACGACGCAAAACAUCGAGGUCGAUAGGCACCAGAGCUGGAUGACUAUCACGGCCGAUGGCCAACCUGUCGCGACGCAGAAGCAUCCCAACGGCUUGUCUUUCCGGAGCAGGAGAGACAAUAUCGAUGUGACUCCCGGAAUGGAUCUGCUGCUCACCUUUGGAUUGGUGAUGGUGACGAUCGAUAAGUACAACCAGGACGUCAAGACGGUCGCCGCGGCGACGUAGAAUCGUGACGUGAUGGGAACGAAACGAAAAGUGGAAAGGCAGGGUUCUUUCUGAUUCUUUCUGAUGGCCAUGUGUCAUUUUAUGUAUUAAUAUGUCUCCAAGCGAUGAUUAACGACCUUUGUAUUUUAAAUCAAUAUUCUUCAUCACAUCAUUUCAUUUCCGGUACAAGAUUUC